AUGGUCUUGACACGGUCGAACUUGGGGUCGAAGAACCCAAUCUUGUUGAGCUGCUGCUUCACCUCGUGGGUGACCUGUUUCUUGAUGCUAUUGAGCUUUGUGAGGUCGUUGUCGCGCUCUUCGUCGUCGGAGUCUGCGUUGUCGGAGUCUUCGCUGUUGAGAAUGGUGGAAAUGGCCUCCUCGUUGGCGUCGUCCACGCUGUUGGGCAACAUGCCAUCCACAAAGAAGGCAGACGUGCCGGGAGCCGUCUGCUGGGUGAAUUGUCUGGUGAGUUUGCGGCUGACGGGCUCCAGCGAGGCGUCAUCCGAGCCCUGGUGUCUGAACCAGGACGUGACAGUGGAUGUGCGUCGUCUGAACCCGCUGGAAUGUGCGGGCACAUGGUCGCCCGAUUUGAUGCUUGCUUCAGCCGUGGGUGGAGGAACAGAGGCCACCGAAUUGAGCCGCGACUUCCUGCCCGGAUGGUACGACCGCACAGAGUUGGUCUCGUGGAUCGGGUCGGACGCUAUCGACGCCGACGACAGCGACGAGAUCGAUGCCUCGUCGAUCUGGGACAGUCGUAAUGGGUCCAUAACAAACAAGAUAAGAAAAUAA